AUAAACAAAAACCCUACACCAUUACCUCUUUCUCUUUUGUCCGUUUCUCACAGACCAAUAAAAAACAGCCACGUAUCCCUCUCACAUCACUGUAUAAAACUUCGUGCACCAAUAAUCCAAUUUUCUUUUUCUUUUUUCUUUUUUUUUUCCUUAAAAGCGACUACCAAAAAUAUCCAAACCCAUUAAUAAUUAAUACCCAAAACCCAUUUCUCAUAAUGCCCUUUUCCCUCUUCUUUCUUCUUCUUCCCCCAACAAAUCUCCCUCUCCCCAUCUCUCUGCCCUAAUUCCGCCAUGUUAGCCGAAUCCGUUUCUUCCACUCUCUCCAUAUGGACUUCCCUCAACAGCUGGUUCACUCCCACUGUUCUCUUCGUCGUUCUCAACCUCGUGAUCGGCACCAUUGCUAUUGCUUCCAACUUAGGUGGUACUCAAAGAACUAAUCAACGCCAUCCUUCCGACCCCGACUACCCUCACUAUCUCCACAGAUCUCCUUCUGUGCUUCAGAGGUUGAAAUCGAUGAAUCCUUACUCUUAUAGAUCUGAAGAACCGGCUACGGUGCUCGAGAAACCGCCUGGAAUCGACGCUCAUUAUGCUAAUUAUGAACAUCCGCAACUUGUUCGGUCUCCUUCUAUGCUUCAGCGCUUUAAGUUUAGCUUCCCAAGCUACAAACCGGAAGAGUCUUUUCAAUCUCCGCCGUCAGCCACUGCCUUCGAGAAACCGCAUGGAAUCGACGCUCAUUCUGCUAAUUAUCAACAUCCGCAACUGGUUAGAUCUCCUUCUGUGCUUCAGCGGCUUAAGUCUAGCUUCUCAGGCUACAAACCGGAGGAAUCAUUCCAAUCUCCACCGCCAGUGACUCACGUCGAGAAAUCGGCUGGAGGAGAUACUCAUUAUACUAAUUUCGAACAUCCUCAACUGGUUAGAUCUCCUUCUAUGCUUCAGCGUCUCAAGUUUAACUUCUAUGGUUAUAAAUCGGAGGAGUCUUUCCAAUCUCCACCUCCAACUGUUUCUGAGGCUCAGAUCCGUCGGAAGGAGGACGAGUCGAAACGAGUGGAGGAUGAACAAAUGGAUGAAGAUCAGGAACCGACAAUGGAUGAGGUAUUCAGUAAACUCCAUGGAGAUCACUUCAACAGGACGAAAUCCGACACGAUGCCAACUGCGGGUGAGUUCCCGACGAAAUUAUCAAGGAAAAUGAAGAAAUCAGCGAGUUCAAAAUCUACGUUCUCGCAUUUCGAAGCGGAUGAGAUCGUGGAGAGCCGGCGUCCGGCAACAGUGAAAGAAGGAAAAGAGAAAAUGACAGAAAUAGAGGACGAAGUGGACGCUAGAGCCGAUGACUUCAUCAACAAAUUCAAGCAACAGUUGAAGUUGCAAAGGCUGGAAUCCAUUCUCAAGUACAAGGAGAUGGUGGGUAGAGGCAACAACGCAAAAUAGACAAGGUAAAUAAACAAAAGUAAUUUUCAACUCUUUUAGGGUGGAGUUUUCUAAUUUUUGAUAUUCUCAAGGAUUAGUUUGAAAUUUCAAGUUUUAUAGAAUGGACUCCAGCAACUUUUAUUUCCAGAAUUCUUUUUUCUUAAAUGCCCCUUCCACUUAUUUUCUUUCA